AUGACUGACCAGGCCAGUGAUUUCGCCGACCAGUAUCCAAACGCCGAGGUAAUUGGAACCGACAUCUCUCCGAUCCAGCCCACAUGGAUUCCUGCAAAUCUGAAAUUUGAGAUUGAGGACUGCACCCAGGAGUGGACAUUUGAUCAGGAAUCUUUUGACUACGUACACAUGCGCUAUCUCUAUGGAAGCAUCAGUGACUGGUCUGCUCUGUUCAAGGAAGCGUUCAGAGUUUGCAAGCCUGGUGGUUGGGUUGAGAGUUAUGAAGCUUCGCCUCGUAUGGAAAGCGAUGACGGAAGUGUCACUGAGACGUGUGCUAUGAAUGAGUGGGGGAAAUUCUUUAUCGAGGGUGGCAAGAAGCUAAACCGCACAUUUGAGAUUCUGGAUAAGGAUCUCCAGAAGAAGGGCAUGGAGGAAGCCGGCUUUGUCGACGUUCAGGUCUGGGACUUCAAGGUAAGCUUCACCACAGGCCAGCAGCCCUCUAUCACAUCGAGAUCGAACGCUCACUUGGUGCAGGCACCAAUCGGCGGCUGGGCUGAAGACCCUCGCCUCAAGGAGGUUGGCCAGUUUGCUCGGGCUGCUCUGGAGCAAGACUAUGAGGGUUACGUGCUUUUUAUGGCCAACAUGGUUCUCGGUUGGUCCAAAGAGGAGGUCUCGACAUAUUGCGCCCAGCUUCGCCGUGAGAUCCGCUCGGGCAAGUUUCAUCCUUUCUACCGCCAGCGGGUUGUGUAUGGCCGAAAGCCUGAGUAA